AGUAGAUGACUACUUCAUAUUCCAAUGGUCAUCUUUAAGAAGCCCCUGUACCUCUAAUUGCUAAAGGUGGGGCAGCUUUAACCUUUUCCGUCCUAUAAAUUUCCACCUCUCCACAGGCUUCCUCCAGCUUCUAUCCAACACCAAUUUCCUCUAUCUGAACCUCCCCUCAAAACUCGGUCCAUUCAUUCAAAAAGUUCAAAGCCAUGCAACCCGGUGAGGUUACAGAACUUCAUUAUCUACUUCCUUCAAACCCAAUUGCACACCCCCUUCAAUCUAGUUUGCCCCAGAACUACACAUCCACAGUUCAGUUUGGCAGAUUCUCUAAUCCACUAUAUCAUCUUCAGAUCACUCCUCAAGUUCAAGAAUUCAACCUACAGUCAACAUGUUUCAGUGGUAACUCAACUUCUGAUGAAGCAGAUGAGCAACAAAGUAUCAUCAACGAGAGAAAGCAGAGAAGAAUGAUAUCCAAUAGAGAAUCUGCACGCCGAUCACGUAUGCGCAAGCAGAAGCACCUGAAUGAGCUCUGGUCACAGGUUGUUUGGCUUCGAAACGAGAAUCACCAGCUCAUAGAUAAACUGAAUUAUGUUUCGGAGUGCCACGACAGGGUCAUUCAAGAGAAUGCUCAGCUCAAAGAACAAACUUCAGAACUUCGUCAAAUGCUUAGUGGCAUGCAGCUCAAUAGUCCUUACCCAACUUUGGAGGACCUGGAUGACAUACCCUGCAACACGGCUCACCUCAGAGCUGAAUCCGCAAACUAGUUCAUCACAAGUUCCACUGAGUUUCGUGACUGAGAAGGCCACAAUUUUUAGAUUUUCCUUUAUCCAUUUUUGUUCUUCUUUGCUAAGUUAAUCAGUAUUUGCCUUCACUAUAAGCUGUACGAGGUAGGAACAGAGUACCAUAAUAAUAUCUAUCGAGCACAUCAUUCUUAGCUUAUGAUGUGGCAUAUCUAAUAAUAGAAGUUAUAGGUGUUUAUAGGUUCAUAAAAUUCCUCCAC